UGUAAUAGUGGCUGUCUACUUUCUUACUCGUAAUGAAAGAGAAAUCGCCAGACAAUGCGGCUUUCUUCAGAAAGAAACUAUUGCUUUUUAGCCUGCAUUGAAUUCUUGAUUUUUUUUUACUGAACGGAAAUGACGAUUUCAUUGUUGCCCGCUUUGAAGAAAACACGCAUCCAUGUUGAAAUUGAAUAUGGAAAUAUUUGUGUGACAUACGGCAUUGACUGGCAAUUUGAAUACAAAAAAUCGAAAGUGAAGAAUCUUCGUAUGGGAGCCUAACAUCAUAUAAAUAGCUGGCUGAUUUGCCAAUAAACUGAGUCACUAGAUAUCACAACAGGCAAGAAGAUGUACCAAAGGAGAGCGUUUACUUGUUUCGUUUACAUUAUUGGUUUUAUCAUUUGCGAUGCUAAAGGCGAUCCUCAACAGGAUUUUUCAAGACCACAUCAUCGACCUCCACAAAUGACUAACACACAAGCGCCCAUUCCACCUCAGGGGACCUUACAAGUUCUUGGAAUCCCGAUUGUCCCGGCCCUGAAACUAGCUGGUGGAAUCGUUGGGAGCGUCUUGGCUGCCCAUAACCAACCAGAAGAACCAUUACGGAGGCCUCCAUUCUCUUGCGUCGGCAGGGUGCCCGGAUACUACGCCGACGUCUUCACUAAUUGCCGGAAUUACUAUACUUGCACACCCCGUGGACGCCAACACUACUACCAUUGCGGCGAGCGCACGAUCUUCAACCAGUUGCAUUUGACGUGCGAUCAUAGGCGCAAUUACGAUUGUCGGCGGGCUCCACAGGACUACAGCGUGAAUGAACAAUAUCGCCCCUUUCGUCAGCGCAAUUAAUUUAAUGCAUACUAAUGUGACGAAUAUGAGAUUCAAUCAGUUACCCAGAUUGUAACUCAUUGAAUCCACUUCGCAAAUAAAUUUUUAGCUGAUUAAUAUAAUAGGGGCAUCUUUUCACCUUC